GAUAAUACGUUAGUUUUGUUCAGAACACUCGUGUGUUUAUUUCUCAGGAAUAGUUCCAAGGAGUUGAGCAUAUGAUACCUAUUUGGAAAAAAUUUAUGCACAGUGCUAAUUCAAUAUCCCUCAUAUUGAAAUAUUUGGUGGAAAUAACGCUAUGAGUAAGGAAAACGGUAAUGCCUUGGCUAGUGGCGAUGACAAUACUGAAACAGCGCAGCGAGCUUCUUGGGGUCGACCUCUGGAAUUCAUAUUGGCAUGUCUGGGAUACGCUGUCGGGCUUGGAAAUGUGUGGCGAUUCCCUUAUCUAUGUUACAGGAAUGGAGGAGGUGCUUUCCUGAUACCAUUCUUUCUGAUGCUUAUUCUCGUUGGACUUCCAAUAUUUUAUCUGGAACUGUACAUUGGUCAAUUCACUGCAUUAGGACCUCUUAAAGCUUUUAAUGCUAUCAGUCCAUUCUUCACUGGACUUGGCUACUGUACUUUAAUGGUUAUUUCGAUGAUAUCAAUAUAUUACAUGAUCAUUGUAGCAUGGACAAUCUUCUACACUUUCAUGUCGAUAGGUGGCGAUUUAGGAUGGGGGUCGUGUGAAAAUGAUUAUAAUUCUCUAUAUUGUUACAGUGGCGCGUAUGACAGUGAAUGUAGAGUUAAUAACACAGGAAACUACACGGAUUUAACAUACUAUUUACAAAAAUGUAUCAGUAUUGGAGAGAUUUGUCAGCUUACGGGGUUCGAGCCAUAUGACGGUUCUAGUUGCUGGACGGGAAAUGAAACUAUCCCGUGGUAUAGAAAUGUGAAUAGGACUUUGGCCUCAGAAGAAUAUUACAACGAACGUGUCCUUGGAAGAGGUGAUUCCACUUGGGAAAACUGGGGAAGUAUACAGUGGCACUUAGUUGGAUGUCUAUUUUUUUGUUGGGUAGUAGCAUUCUUAUGUGUCAUUAAGGGAGUGCAGUCAGCAGGAAAAGUUGUGUAUUUCACGGCGUUGUUCCCGUAUGUAAUGCUGACAGCUCUUCUUAUAAGGGGUGUAACAUUGGAUGGAGCCGGAGAAGGCAUCUUGUUUUAUCUAACACCGAAGUGGGAAACACUUUUAGAAGCUCGUGUCUGGGGCGACGCAGCUUCACAGAUAUUUUAUUCAUUCGGCGUUGCUUGUGGCUCUCUGGUGACUUUGGCAUCUUAUAAUAACUUUCACAAUAACUGUCACUUCGAUGCAGUGUUUGUCAGCUUAACAAACUUUAUGACUUCGAUAUACGCUGGGUUUGCAAUCUUCUCUGUUUUGGGAUUUCAAGCAGAGCUCAUGGGUGUUGGAGUCGAUGAUGUAGCGGAGCAAGGUCCUGGGCUAGCAUUUGUUGUCUAUCCCGAAGCCCUCCUACAAAUGCCUAUACCCCGACUAUGGUGUAUCCUAUUUUUCUUCAUGAUGUUCAUAUUGGGAUUAGGAAGUCAGUUCGCUGGUAUUGAGGCUAUAAAUACAGCCAUAGUCGAUCGCUGGCCACAAUUUCGGAAUCGUUAUUGGAUGGUAACUGCAUUCACGUGCUUCACGUGUUUUAUUCUCGGUCUUCCAAUGUGUUUCAGUGGCGGAGUAUAUCUAUUUACAUUGCUCGAUUGGAACACCGCAUCCUGGGCUAUAUUACUUAUAGGUUUAGCUGAGUGUACCGCCGUGUCUUGGUGCUACGGCAUCAACCGAGCGAUGCGAGACUUAGCUUCUAUGGAUAUGAGGUUAAAUGUGGUGAUACAAUUUUAUUGGAAAUUUGUGUGGAUGAUCAGUGUGCCAGUUGUUAGUUUAGGUAUAUUAAUAUUUUUGUUCAUCGAAUGGCAACCGCCGUCUUACGAAGGCUACGAAUUUCCUCUCUUCGCUGAUCUUCUCGGAUGGGGGAUUGGUCUGUCUACACUGAUGUUUUUCCCAGUUGGAGUUUGUUGGGCAUUAUACAAAGGAUAUAGAGGCAAGGAACUAUUUCAACCAACAGAAGUUUGGAAACCGGCAGUGAAGCUAUCAGAUCAGUCACCUGACCCUAGACGGAAUCCAAGACCCUCAGAAUAUGAUAAUCUCGGUUAUAUGAUGUAAUUUAAUAAAACAGUUUUAAAUAUUUUCAAAUUAUUAUUGUUGUUUAAUAAAAAGAAAAGUUAGUUUUAAGAAAAGCCGACACUAAAUAUAUUAAAUAUAUAUUAUUUGUAUGAAAAUCAGCUCUUAUUAAUGUAUAAAAUAAUUUUAUUUACGUUUUUUAUUGUUAUUUAAAUAUACCUUUAAAAUUUCUUUUACUUUACAUACUCAAUAACUACCAAAAUAUAAUAAGUUCUGCUUUAUAAUCAUGGGUUUGCAAUAAAAUUUAUUAACUAUGUUUCAUAAAUCACAUUUUAGAUUAUUUUGAUCUCUCUCAUUAUAAUUUACGCAUAAAAAUUAUAAUAAGAACUGAAAAAGAAUUUCGAAUGAAUGAUUUGUUGGCUAUAUUAAAAUUAUAUUAAACAUACUAACUAUCUUACUGUUUAAUGUGUAAAUAAAAAUAAGAAAAUAAAAGGAUUUAAAAUCACAAAGUACUAUAAGUAAAAAUAGUUUGUACACUUUCCAUUUCUAGUAGAGAUAUCGUAAAUUUGAACUGACAGAUAUGUAUGUACAUUGAUCUGUAAUAAUAUGUAAUAAAAAAAAUAUAUAAUU